AUGAAAGAUUUCCAGGAUCUUACUCAUGAGUUAGAUCUUCUUGAUCACCCUUUCUUUGGUCCUUCUUUCACUUGGAGCAACAAGCAGACGGAUCUCUUUCUUGCAAGAAAGCUUGACAGGGUUCUUAUAAAUCCUUACUGGUUUACUGCUUUUCCUCUCUCUUUUGUGGAAUUCCUCUCUCCUGGUGUUUCUGACCACUGUAUGGCUAUUGUUAACCUUGCUAAAGAGUCUCAUUUAAAUAGACCUAAACCUUUCAAAUUUUUUAAUUUCUGGUCUGAUCAUCCUAGCUUCUUGAAUGUUGUGAGGAACUCUUGGCUCCCUUUUUCUAGUGGUAAUCCUAUGUCUGUUCUCUUCACUAAGCUUAAAAGACUAAAAUCUGCUCUUAAACAGUUUAACAAUGAAAACUUUAAUAAUCUUCCUUCUAAAGUGAAAGCUAAAAAAGCUGAGCUGGAAUUACAACAACUCCGUACCUUAAAAGGUAAGGAUGGAAUUGAAAAGGAGAUUAUCUUACAAGAUGAGCUGAAGACUCUUGAAGAAGCUGAAAUCUUGUUUCUUAAACAUAAGGAAAAAAUUAAGUGGAUUAAAAAUGGUGAUAAAAACACUAAAUUCUUCCAUUCUAUGCUUGCUUUUAAGAACAAGAGAGACACUAUUCGUGUUCUUAUUGAUGGCAAUGGAAACCGUUUAGAAUCUUUCGAUGCUAUAUCAAAGGAAGUUACUUCAUCUUUCUCAAAGUUGCUUGGAUCUGUUGACAACAGAGUUAAAAACAUUGAUCAUUCUUCCCUUAAAGAGCUGCUGAAUUAUUCUCUUCCUUCUGAUGCAGCUUUUGUUCUUGUUAUGGAUAUUACUAAUAAAGCAAUUCAAGAAGCCUUUUUUAGCCAAGGUAAUGAUAAGGCCCCUGGUCCAGAUGGUUAUUCUCCAUGUUUCUUCAAAAAGGCUUGGUCUAUUGUGGGAGAUGAUGUCUUGGCAGCUGUAAAGUAUUUUUUCCAUAACAACUAUAUGAAUCCUAGUUUUAAUUCCACUAUCAUUGCUCUUGUUCCUAAAGUUCCAAAUCCUAAAGCUGUUAAAGAUUUCAGACCCAUAUCAUUUAUUACUUGGAUUGAGACUUGUUUCACUCAAGCUAGGUAUUCCAUCUCUUUCAAUGGUUCUCUUAUUGGUUAUUUCAAGGGCACUAGAGGGUUAAGACAGGGUGACCCACUCUCUCCUACUCUAUUUGUUCUUGCUAUGCAUGUUUUAUCUAAGAUGCUUAAUUUGGCUGCUGCCAAAGGAGUGUUUGGUUAUCACCCAAAAUGCAAAAGGAUUGGUCUUACCCAUCUUUCUUUCGCUGAUGAUUUAAUGAUUUUUUGUAAGGGUAGUGCUGAUUCUAUUAUGGGUGUCUUAAGCGUUCUGGAUCUUUUUUAUGAAAUCUCUGGGCUUCAACUUAAUUCCUCCAAAUGUGAAAUUUUUUCUGUUGGUUCAUCUUCAAGAUCAAUGGAAUUUUUUCAACAGAUUACUGGUUUCAAAAGAGGCAGUUUACCUGUGAGAUACUUAGGUAUCCCUCUUGUUACUCGUAAACUUACGGAGAAGGAUUGUGUUGUGCUUAUUGAAAAAAUUAAACAGAGGCUCCACCAUUGGCCUGCUAGAAAUCUGAGCUACGCUGGCAGACUUGAACUCAUCCGUGAUGACAAGCCUGCUUCUGGUGCUCGAGUGAGCUGGGAUUUUAUCUGCUUCUCUAAAGUCGAAGGUGGUCUUGGCAUAAAGAACACUGAAAUCUGGAAUCAAGCUUGUUCUAUUGAUCUAAUUAGGAAAAUCCUAGAGGGUGAUGGCUCGCUUUGGGUUGCUUGGUUAAAAUCUUAUGUUUUCAAAGAUCAAGAUUUCUGGAAUUUUGUUGCAGGUUUUAAUGUGAGCUGGAGUGUUAAUAGAAUUUUGAAACUGCGAUCUAUUACACUCACCAUCUUAUCAUCUUCUGGUUAUCUUAGGCUUAACGACAUUUGGAAAUCUAUUUGUAUCAAAAGAGAGAAGGUUCCCUGGCAGAAUCUUAUCUGGUUUCCCAUGCACAUUCCUAAAUUCAGUUUGAUUGCUUGGAUGUCUUUGUUAAACAGAUUACCAACUAGAGAUCGGCUACUCAAAAUAGGAAUUUCCACAGAUGGGACUUAUGUUAACUGCAGUAAUGAUCAGGAGACGAGAAAUCACCUUUUCUGUCAAUGUUCUCUUGUUGUUCGUCUUUGGAGCUCUGUCCUUAUGCUUAAUGGCUUGAAGAAUGCUUCAUCUACUUGGGAAGAAAUGGUUACUCGGGCUUCUUCAACUUGGAAAGGGAAAUCCUUGCUCAUCACCAUCCUGAAGAUUGCUUGGACAGCCUAUAUCUACACUUUAUGGGAGGAAAGGAAUCGUAGAAUCUUUCAAGGUCGUCAUAGAUCAACCGAUGAAUUGCUCAAGAUUAUUAUUGAAGCCGUGCGAAUUCAACUAAAGGGUAAAAAUAUUAAUAGAGCUGAUAGAACAAAUUCUAACCUUUGUAUUGCUUGGGGUAUUACUUAA